AUGGCAGGACUGCCUGAUCAGGUGCUGCAAUGGCUAUACAGCGUUCUCCUCAAUGAAUACCGCGACGCACAACGCGCCUACAGCGACAGUGUCGCAGCUCUUUCAGCAUAUCCCUCUCUUUCGCCGCGAACCGAUGUAUACACAUAUAACAAUGGACAGCCCGCGCUGCUGUUGCGCCUGUCAGGCACCCUCCCCGUCAACUUUCGUGGCACAGUCUACAGGUUCCCCAUAACCAUAUGGCUACCGCAUACAUAUCCUGUGGAUCCUGAGGGUAUCAUGGUGUUUGUAAUACCGGGCGAGGGUAUGGCUAUACGUCCUGGACAGCACGUCAGCGUCGAUGGACGAGUUUACCACCCCUAUCUGCGCGAUUGGUCGAUAAAUCAGCGCCCGAAUAUCGUCGACUUCUUGCGCCUCCUUCAGGAUGUCUUUGCUCGAGAGCCACCUGUCGUCGCUAAGCCUGCGCAACCUCAGCAGCACGCCCAGUCCCCCAUGCAACGACCCCCUCCGCCGCCGAAAGAGCAACCUCGACAACCACAAUCUCAUCCUGUAGAAAUGCCCGCUGGUGCUCCUCCACCGAGACCCCCGAAGCCUGGAGAGCAAGGUCACGCUGCCACACCGGUCCAAAAUCGUAACGAUGGCCCUCCCUUGCCGCCUCUACCACAUGAGCGAGCUCAACAAUAUGCACAGCCGCCGCCAUUACCACCACCCCAGCAGAAUCAACAACACCAGAUACCCCUACGUCCAGCGCGGCAGCAGUAUCCUCAGCAGUACCAACAACCACCGCAUCAGCACUUCCAGCAGAUGCCUCCAAAUAUGUCUGCUCAACAAUAUCCCUCACAGCAUGCCUCUUACCAACAACCUGCGCCUGCAAAACCUGCUCCUGUUCAAGAUCUUCUCAGCGACCCCUUUGACGUCAGUAUAGCAACAACGAAUCCCUCAGGUCCAGCCCCUCCAAUCCCGCCAAAUCCAGAGAAAGAGCAUCUCCUACAACUCUUAUCCCAAUCUCUGGUCUCUCAGAUUCACCAGAAAGUGAACCAAAACACGUCCGCUUUGGCACCCUUGCGUGCCCAGUCCAAUGCGCUCCAGGAAGCACAUUCACGUCUCAAUGCCGAAAUCUCCCAAUUGACUGCAUUGGACAACACACUCACAUCCAACGAACGCAUCCUCCAUCAAGCACUUUCCGAUUGCGAUCGCGUCAUUGCCGACAGCAAGUCUACUCCCCAGCCGCCCAUUGACGAUGUUCUUGUGGCGCCCACUGUCGCCUCAACCCAGCUCUGGAAUCUACAAGCGGAUGAAGCAGCCAUUCGAGAAGCUCUAUGGUGUCUGCAACGUGCUGUGGGCGCUGGUAGAGUUGGCUCGGAAGUGUUCAUCAAGAUGACCAGAAGUCUGGCUAGAGAAUUGUUUUUGAAGAUGGCGCUGAGUAAGAAGCUCGCCAAGGGGCUAGGCCUGGACGUG